AUGGAUCAUAUAAAAAAUGCAACACCUAAAAGUGAAAUUAAAAAAAAAAAAUGGAAAAAAAUAUUAUAUGAAGAUCUGGGCUAUGAAGAUAAUUAUGUACAUAGAAGUUUUCUGAGUUCUCUUUUAACAAAUUUUGAGAUAAAAUAUAAAUAUUCCUAUGUGUGCCAUAGAAUGUUAUGUGUAAAUCACCAAAUAAUACUUGUAUUGUUUCUUUUAAUAGCAUAUUAUUACAUAGAUAAAAAUAUAAUAACAUAUAAAUUUGUAAGCGCAAUCAGUAUUAUCACUAUAAUACUAAAAGAAAUAAUAAUUUAUGAAACCCAUAGGUCAUUAAAUAGUUCCUUAAAAAAUAUUUUAGAUACAAUAAUUACCAUUGGAAUUAUAUGGAUUCUAUCUCCUGUGUUAAUUACUUUAACUCAGACUCACAGUGAUGAUACAGUUUAUUUGGUGUCCAUAUUACUUCUCUUGAUUCACCUAAUGUUUCACAAUUAUGGUUUUAUUUUUGAGAAAAAUAAAAAUAUAGAUAUAUUUGAUGCAACAUCUUUAAGCUGUGUUGUUAUUGCAAGUGUUAUAUUGGGCUCUCGCCUAUCUUCAAUCCUACAAGUUUUUUCUUUUCUAUUUCUGUCUUCAAUUCUUUUUUUUUAUUCUCCUUUUAUAGUUCAAACUAUAGCCCUAAAGAACAUUAGUUAUUAUAAUUAUAUUUUAUUCCCAAUUUUGUUCCUAAUUUUAUCUUUGUCAAUAAUAAAUAUUUCUAUUACUUUUUUUUACAUAAACUUAGUUGGGCAUAUUUUUGUACUUUUAAUUGUCCCUGCUUUUUUUGUUGAAAAGCAUAGAUUAAAAACUAAAUUAGAAGGACCAUGGGAUAUAUGUAAUAUACCUUCAAGAUAG